GAACAGGACUAGUUGUCCGGAAAUGCAUCAUCAUCAUGCGACGCGGCGUGCGAGCUCACGAAGGACGCCAGGGAUAAAAUUGGCAUGAAAUGAAACGGAGAAAGCUCUUGUAGGAAUGAUGGCGGUGUCUUGUUUGGCUCGAGCCCUGCGGUCCCUCUCCGUCUCCCAGCCUGCUCUGUUGUCGUCUCAGGUCCAAUUGCGUGUUGGGGCGUGUGCUCCAGUGUUAUUGCAACUGGGUGCAUCCAGGGCAGCGCCUUGCCGUGGCUUCCUCACCACAGCAUCUCUGGAGCAGAACAGAACUUGGUGGAAGCAGAGGGAGAAGUAUUCAGUCAGACCAAUGGGGAUGAAAAAGACAGGAGGAAGAGAUCACACAGGUAAAAUCAGAGUACAUGGUAUCGGCGGCGGUCACAAACAAAAGUAUCGCUGGAUUGACUUCCAGCGUCUGCGCUAUGAGGAAGAUGGAGAAGGGCAGCCAUUUGACGAGAAAGUUGUUUACGUGCGAUAUGAUCCGUGCAGGUCAGCUGACAUCGCCCUGGUGGUUGGAGGUAACCGCAAAAGAUGGAUCAUCGCUACAGAGAACAUGCAGGCUGGAGACAUCAUUAAAACAUCGCCCGUCAUUGGACGCAUGGCAGUGUCAGCAAAUGAGGGUGAUGCCUACCCACUGGGAGCACUUCCUAUGGGCACCCUGGUCAACAAUCUGGAGGUACAACCUGGGAAAGGGUCAGAGUAUAUUCGGGCUGCAGGAACAAGUGGUGUUCUCCUUCGUAAAGUAAAUGGAACAGCCAUUGUUCAGCUUCCUUCAAAGCAGCAGGUUCAGGUACUGGAGACCUGCAUGGUAACAGUGGGCCGUGUGUCCAACGUGGACCACAACAAAAGGAUCAUCGGCAAAGCGGGCCGCAAUCGCUGGCUGGGCAUUCGGCCGUCGAGCGGGCUGUGGCAGAGGAAGGGCGGCUGGGCAGGACGCAAGAUUAAACCGUUGCCUCCGAUGAAGAGUUACGUCAACUUGCCCUCGAUCUCUGCUAACUGAAUAUGACACAUGCUUCAAAUAAAGGAAUGCUUGUUUGUACAGAAGAUUAAAAAUUUUAUUUAAGACAA